AUGGACCCCUCAUCACCACCACCACCACCACCGGCCUACUCAGAAAGGCCUCCAAUACCUCCCCGAAAGCCAGUCAACCCCUCAACUUCAGCGGUUCACCAGACAACACCUUCUGCUGCGUCUUCGUCGACAUCAACUCCUGGACCAUAUAUGCAUGCUCUUUCUGCUGGACCAUGGCUUGGCCCAGAUCCGCGAUCUUCGUCCACACAGUCUCUCCUACCCGACACUUCACGAGAUGGCCAGGCUACAAACCCUGCUGAUUACUUAGGUCGGCGCAAACUUCUGAUCGUCUACAUUCAUGGUUUCUUAGGAAACGACCAGUCUUUUCAAUCGUUUCCCGCCCAUGUUCAUGCUCUGCUGGCCAACCUCCUCGCCGAGUCUCAUGUCAUUCACUCUAAGAUUUACCCGCGGUACAAGACAUAUCGCUCAGUAGGCGUCGCACGAGAUAACUUCAGCGAGUGGCUUCGUCCCCACGAGUCCCCAAAUACUGAUGUAGUUCUUGUUGGGCAUUCGAUGGGAGGUAUCCUGGCUGCCGACGUUGUGCUUAUGCCCAACCCAAGUCCAUAUGGUUUAUACCCUUUCAAGCACCGAAUUAUAGGACAUGUAUCUCUGGAUUGCCCAUUCAUUGGCCUUCAUCCUGGUAUCGUUGUGUCUGGUAUAACUAGCUUAUUCAAACCCGCAGCUACACCACCACAAGAUAGCAACAAGAGAGGUACCAGUGACACAACUCCCACGAGCCCUGAGGCGUCAAUUCCCGGUGAUCCCAGUGUCUCCUCACUAUAUCUCACCAACUCUCAAAGCACUGAUCCGGCAUCAUCCGCAAGUCUUCCGUCAAUUGCAUCCUCGUCUCAACCGCAAUCCGAUCCCUUCGCUAACCAACCCUAUUUCAACCAACCUUUCUUCAAUGACUCGGGCUUGCAAGAACGCCCUUUUGUACAACGAAUGCUUCACUUCGCCAACAAGUAUCGAUCCGAGGGUCUGAUACAGGCUGCCGCCAAACACAUAUUCUCAUACCUUGAGUUUGGCAGCUGCCUUGCUGACCCGACAGGACUUGAGUCCCGGUAUCGCAAGAUACGCGCCCUGGAAGACCUUGAUGAUCUUCAACCAGAAGCGAUGAAACAGAGCUCAGGCAGACCUUUGACGAGAGUUCGCUUUGUAAACUACUACACUCUGUGCACGGGGCGCCCAAAAUCACCCAAAGCAAGCCCUGAUGUUAGUAGCCCCCAGCUUAGUACAGCUAACACAGCUCACCCCGAAACGAGAUAUGCUCAAUCGAACAGUUCAGCAUCUUCGUCUUCCGUGGAGUUGGACUUUUUACCAACCAAGACAAAUGCCAACGAACAGAUCCAACCGCAUACCCGCCAGGAGAGUCCUUUGCCUAUCAUCACCUUGGAGCAUCGUGAUACCCUCGGGAAUUUUCGAGAUCACCAAACUAUACUAGAUUCAUAUGUAAAAGCUCGGGCGUCGGAUACCACAAUAAAAGACAAUCAAGUCGAUGAUUACGAGGCUUUAGCUUCUGAUGUUAACCGGUUGUCAAUGCAGAGCAUUGAUCCCACGCCAAUUGACGAGGAAUUUCCUGCUCAUCCUCUGCCCGAAACUGCCACCCUUAGCUUCCAGGACGAAACGCCUGCUGAGUCCGAUGUAACGAACAAUUUGUUACCAGGAAAAGAAGAGGCAGAUCUGCCUCCUCUCCCUGACCCCCCAACAACCCCGGAUAUGCCCGACCCCAGUUUGUACAUGGAAAAAGAUGAGCGCAAGCAAGUUGAACGCGAGGCCAAGCGCAUUAGACGUGCCCAUGAGAAUGCUCUGAAAGACCAUGCUAAGGCAGUACGAGAGCGUGACAAACUCAUCGAAAAGCGCCAGAAGCGUUCACAAAAAGAGGCAGAAAAGGCCCUGAAAGAGGCAGCUCGGCGGAAAAAGGAAGCUCUCAAGGAAUCGCAGAGGAAAGAGAAGGAAUCGCAAAAAGAAGAGCAACGCCUUGUCAAGGAAGCUUCCGAGCACGAAAAUGAGGCCCAUAAGGUGCAAGACCAUGAAGAUACCCAGGGAAACAAUAACCUUGAGAGCCAAUACAAACUUGAGGCUGAAGCCGAAGCCGAAGCCAUCACGAAGGCUGGUAGCCUUAAGCCAUCAAAACCUCGGAAACUCCGAAAAUUCUGUAAUCUACCUACCAAGGGUGGCAGAAUAGAUGAUCCAACCUGGGUCGACAUCUACAUGGCAGACGUGGACGAAGUUGGUGCACACUGUGGUCUUUUCUUCGCGGGACAACAUUACGAGAAGCUUGUUGGUGAUGUUGGCAACCGAAUUAUGGGGUGGGUGCAAGAUGACAUGACCAGGAGGACGAUUCAGGACAUGGAAAAGGGAUCAUUUAAGUGA